AUGAAGUUCAUGAACCAGAUGCUGGAUAGGACAAUAGAGCAGAAGAUGAGGGAGAUAUUGUGCUGGUUUGGGAGCAGCACCCACCGGACUAAGGCAAAUUACACACUCUUGCUGCUGCAGAUGUGCGACCAGAAGUUACUACUCACUGCUGCCAACGUCAUCAGAGUCCUGUUUCAGAGGGAGCAGGAUACCAUUUUAGAACUUGGUCAAGACCCCAAUCUUAUGCUUUUAUUUCCUGAGAAAUACUACACCCCCCAGCUUGAUACUUCAAAUGUCUACUGGACAGCCAGAACCAAGAGCACAUCCUUCCCUUUGUCUAAAGAUUUAGGGGGAAAAAGCUUGCUUAAAAAUGUUGGGUGGGAAGCAUCUAAUACUGAGGGACAAUGGAGGAGUUCGCUCCAGUGCAUUUCUGAGAUGAAUAGGCUAUAUUCCAGAAAAGCUCACAUGCCCAACGCAGGGUACACCUCCUGCAAUCUGUUGGUCGACCUGGAUGUUGUCAGAGACUUGUCUUCUGGAGCCAGCAAAUACCGGGACUUCAUCCGUCAACUGCCCAUCCAUCUCUCCAAGUAUAUUCUAAGUAUGCUCGAUAAAAGCACCCUGAACAGAUGUGCCGCUGUGAGCCAGCACUGGGCUGCACUGGCAAAGAAAGUCAGGAAGGACUUCUCGAUACAUUCGUUCAUUCACAACCAGAUCGCCUUACUGCAGGGGUCCUACACAAAGGGAAUAGAUCCCACCUAUGCCUGCAAGCUUUUCGUCCCAGUUCCUAAAAUGACAGAUGACAUAAAGCGCACACGUGCGAAAAAUCAGAAAUGGAAACUGAGAACAAAGAAUGACAACAACUUGUGGACAGCAUACCAGAACCAGGAAAUCCAGCAGAUUCAGAUGGAGGAGAGAAAUGUCUUCUGUGGGACUUACAACAUCCAUAUUCUCUCUGACACGUGGGACAGAAAUAGAAUCAUCCACUAUUCUGGGGGAGAUGUGGUAGCUGUGUCAUCCAAUCGGAAGAUCCAGCUUCUGGACAUCUUACAAGCAAAGGAGAUCCCCGUCCAGUUCCGAGGCCACACUGGGACUGUCCGUGCCCUCUUUGUGUGUGAGGAGGAAAACGUUCUCCUGAGCGGGAGCUAUGACCUGAGUAUCAGAUACUGGGAUCUGAAAAGUGGGGCUUGCAUACGAAUCUUCACUGGCCACCAGGGGACAAUCACUUGCGUCGAUUUAUAUAAGAAAAUGCUCGUGUCUGGAGCAAAAGAUUGCCAGGUAAAAGAGUGGGAUAUAAACACAGGGAAGUGUCUGAAGACAUUUAAACACAAAGACCCCAUCUUGGCCAUCAAGAUCAACGACACCUACAUCGUGAGCAGCUGUGAGCGAGGAAUAGUGAAAGUGUGGCACAUUGUCAUGGCUCAGGUGGUAAAGAUUCUCAGCGGCCAUGAGGGAGCUGUGAAGUGCCUGUGCUUUGACCAGUGGCAUCUCCUCUCGGGAAGUGUUGAUGGCCUAGUCAUGGCCUGGAGCAUGGUGGGAAAGUAUGAGCGAUGCCUCAUGGCCUACAAGCAUCCCAAGGAAGUUCUCCACGUGGCCCUGCUCUUCCUCCGGGUCAUCAGUGCCUGUGCAGAUGGCAAGAUCCGCAUUUACAACUUCCUCAAUGGGAACUGUCUGAAGGUGAUGAAAGCCAAUGGCAGAGGUGAUCCCGUGUUGUCCUUCUUCAUUGGCGGCAACAGGAUGGUGAUCAACACAGAGAGCAAUAUCCUCCUAUUCCAGUUUGAGAAAAUCAAGUGGCAGUACUUCCUGGAACGGACCAAACAAAGAAAGAACAGGGAUAAAGAGGACAGGGAGGAAAACCUCCCGGAAGUCACAUCUAAGACUAGCACUCCGAUUCACAACCUGGGGAGCUCCAUAUCUAGUAAAUACCUGGUGGCCCAGGAGUCUCUGUUAAGUAAAUCUCACAAGUCCCGCGUUCACCUGUUGGCAUCCAGGACAACAACAACAGGGUCAUUAGAGGUGCCUCAAAGUCAAAUAAAGCUAAAAUCACCCCGAAGAGAUGGAGAUGGCAAAAUGAGAGUGAGUCCUGUUUCUAAGGAAGUCAUUACCUCAGAUAGUGAGCGGGAGAGUCAGGAAGCAAAAUCCCUUUCAGGAGAUGAUACGGAGAGAGUACCCAAAAAACGACAACUGGAAACUUUUGGACACUGGCCCAAACACUCAAGGAGGAAGUCCCAGAAAAUCUCUAUGUCGCCCGACCGGUUCCUACUGACAGUUAAUGCCCUGCAGCAAGCCCAUCAUUCAGGGAAGUAUGCCUAUCCACAUAGGACCCAGUCCCAAGUCAUUGAUGUUUGGGAACCUUCAAUUUCGCACCCAAGGAAGGUCCUUAGUUUCAAAGGAAAAUCAUUACAACAUGCAGUUGACACGUUAAGAGUCAGCCACCCUCCCAUAGAUGUGAAACAAACCAAUAUUUCCCUUGAAAUCCAGAAACUGCAGCCCAACUUGAAGAACUCUUUGCACGAUUCCCGAAUCCAGUCUUCCAUACCCCAGCCCAUGAUUAUCCGCUCCAGGAUCUCUGGCAGCUUAAAGGUUGAAGAUCAAGUCACCAGAUCAAGUUCCAUUGACGGGGCAGUAAGCAGCUUCAGACCCUUAACCAGCCUGCAUGUCAUUAAGGCAAACCGCAUGGUGGCUCCACAAGUAGAUACGACAACCCAGCCUGUCAAGAAAGAACGGCCUUGCUUCUGCCCGGCCCUGGAUCCAUUUAGAAUGAACAGCGAAUUCAUGCUGUUGACUGUGAGGGAGGAGAAAGAGUACGAGGAAGCCAAGCUGAAAGAAUAUCAGGCCACAAAGCCCACUGGAGUGGUCAACCCAGAAAGGGCCAGAAAAGCUGCAUGGAUCAGGAAGAUCAAAGGCCUGCCCAUAGACAAUUUCAUGAAGCAAGGGAAAACCGCAGCCCCUGAACUUGGUCCAAAUGUAUUUAUCUGAACCAGCCUUGUGAAAUUACAAUGUCUUGCAAUAAAAAGGAAACCAAGUAGA